AUGGAGGACACUGCCAUGACUGCGGAACGUCGCCGGCUGCUUGACAAACACUUGGAUAUAUGGACACGAAGCUUGCAACUUGAUGACGUGAUGGUUUUCCUUCUCGCCAAUAGUGUCUUCAACGAGCAUAUCGUUGAUAUCAUCAAGAGCGAGUCUACCGCAACUAUGCAGCGAUAUCAGUUCAUAAGGCAGUUAAAGAUGCGUGGGAAUACAGCUUUUUUUCUAUUUUAUCAGUCACUGUUAAAAACGAAUCAAGGAUAUUUGGCUCAUUUGAUAGAAAGUGGAUUAAGCAGUGAGGACAAGGACAAAUUUGAGCAAGAGACUGAAUAUAGGCCAGCCUUGCACAAUAACAUUGGUGAAAAUUACAAGAGCACUGCUUGUCGCAGCCCAACGGCUGCGGCGAUUGAAAAGAACUGUUCGUACUAUAAAUCAUAUGAAUGUGUAAAAAUGCGUGAGCCUGCUGGUAUACUCCAUAACCUGAUAGUGGAUUUCGUUGAUACUCCUGCAGAUAUCUCUUUUGAUCCUGAUUUGAUGUAUCCAAAUUUCUCAUCACCCCGUGGAGUGGCAUUAAUUAUCAACAACCGUUAUUUUCUUGAUAUGCCAGAAAGAAUUGGCACCGACGUUGACGAAAUUAACUUGAAUAAUAUUUUUCGGCAGCUUAAUUAUACAGUUUCCGUUUGCCGAAAUUUGUGUGCAAAGGAGAUGCUUAUUGCUAUUCGAGAUUUUUCCAAACGCGCGGAUCAUAAAUACUUGGAUUCUUGUAUCGUCUGCGUGUUGACACAUGGUGAACAUGGUGAAUUAUAUGGGACGGAUGAUAUCGCCAUAUCGGUGUUAGAGUUUGUUUCCUGUCUAAAUGCACGAAAUUGUCCCGCUCUAGCUUAUAAGCCAAAACUCUUCUUCCUUCAGGCGUGCAGAGGACAGCAGUACGAUCGUGGAUUCGACUUAGGGUUUGAUGGACCAGAUGGAUAUUUUGAUCGUUGGUUUGCUUGUACCACUCCUCAACCUAAGAACAAUUUACCAGUGGAGCAGAAGACAAAAUCACCGAUAGAAGCAGACAUAUUAGUGUCUUAUGCCACCACUCCAGGAUAUGUUUCGUGGCGCAAUUCCAUGAAAGGCAGCUGGUUCGUACAAAGCGUUUGUGAAGUGUUUGCCAAGUAUGCAAAAUCAACCGACAUUUUGUCGAUGUUGACAUUGGUAAAUAAACAGGUAGCUGAUGCCUUCGAAAGUUCCAGUGGUUCCUUCAAGCAAAUCCCUGAUCAUUCUUCCAGACUGCGUAAAGCUUUCUAUUUUUUUCCAGGAGCAACUAAACCGUUUUGA